UACUUUUUGUUUUCUUUCGAUUUUUUUGGUUUAAAAAUACACACUGUCCAACACCACUAUCAGUUCCUCUCUAAUUGCAGCAACUCCAAUCGUCCAGUUCAUGUAUUUUCGAAAAUUAAAACAAAUUAGCUACAUAAUCAUUAUUCUUCCCCAAAAUCCCAGAAAUUCAUGUUAUUUAUUCUUCGUUAUACAAAUACCUGUUCACUUCUCUUGUCCCGUUAAUCAUCAAUCUUCCCAACCUUUUGUUUUUUCUCCUCAGUUCAUCUUCUUUUCGGCUUUGAAAGUUGAAAGACUCUCACUUUUCGAUGGAUGGAAUGUACGGUUUCAACUCCACCACGGGAGAUUACGCUGACAAGGCGUUGAUGUCACCGGAAAACCUGAUCCUUCCAUCGGAUUACGAUGCUUGGCUUUGCUCUUCGGGUCAGAUUCCGAUGUUUGGAUCCGACGAGUUAUUCACCGCCGCCUCCGCCAUAUCGGAAGCCGCUUCCAUCACGCCUGAAGUUCGACGAGAGGAGGACAUCUCAUGCGUCAUCAAAGCCAAAAUCGUUUCCCACACUUCUUACCCUCGUUUGCUUCAAGCUUAUAUUGAUUGCCAGAAGGUCGGAGCACCACCGGAGAUAGCGAGUAUAUUAGAUGAAAUUCUGAGAGAGAACGAUGUUAACAGGCGGGAAAUCGUGCCAACCUGCUUGGGAGCCGAUCCUGAGCUCGACGAGUUCAUGGAAACUUACUGCGAUAUGUUAGUGAAAUUCAAAUCUGAUCUCUCAAGGCCAUUUGAUGAAGCAACUACGUUUCUAAACAAGAUUGAAAUGCAGCUUCGAAAUCUCUGCACCGGUGCUUCCGUUAGAGCUCCUUCUGAUGAAGGUGGGGUAUCAUCGGAUGAAGAUGGUAGUGGUGGGGAAGUAGAAGUACCAGAAGGGCAGUCGAGAAGCGAAGACGGAGGACUGAAAGAUAGGCUGCUUCGGAGGUUCGGCAGUCACAUUAGCAGCUUGAAGUUGGAGUUCUCGAAGAAGAAGAAGAAAGGGAAGCUGCCGAGGGAAGCACGAAAAAUGCUGCUCGAAUGGUGGAACGUUCACUACAAAUGGCCAUAUCCAACGGAAGCUGAUAAGAUAGCAUUGGCUGAAUCUACCGGACUCGACCAGAAGCAAAUCAAUAACUGGUUUAUAAACCAAAGAAAGCGGCACUGGAAGCCGUCAGAGAGCAUGCAAUAUGCGGUGAUGGAUAACCUGUCGGGACAAUUCUUUACCGACGACUGAGGUGAACCGGCGAAUGGCAUUCACAAGUCAAAUGUAUAUACCAAGAUCGGUAAUUAGCUUUGUUAUGCAUAUGCCUUGAAUGCAAAAUGUAUCGUGGACUUCACUCAGAAUUU